AUGCAGAUGUGGAUCGGCAAUGGCAUAGGCUUGCCACCGCUGGAUAUGGACGGACAAGCCCACUUACGACCUGGCGCCUCUAGCGACUCUCUGACCUGGAAUCAGACCUCGAGCUCCGAGCUCAACCCCCCGCGCGACCCCAAGAUGGAGCGCUCCAGCGCCUCCAACCUGAGGUCCGCCUUUCGAUCUACCCUCAUCAACGCCGCCGGCACCAUCCGUGCAGUCACCCCCGACCCCGUCGAGCCACCGACCCUCAGCGUCUCUGGGGACUCUCAGCAGUCCUCCCGCGGAGCCACAUCGCAGCAGAGCUCGCCGCGGACCAUUCCCUCAGGCCCUUCGAGGCGACAGGGCAUGAUAUUCAAUGAUGUCUUUAGUGAAUCGUAUGAAAGCAGCGAAUCCAGUCCCCCACGGCAUCUACGACACACGAGCGGGAGCUUGCGGCCUAGGACGCGCACCAUGGACACCUCCAUGUUAGCCCAGAGGAGCGUACCUCCUACCUCAGAGCGACAUCGCGUUGGUAGCGUAAGCUCCUCGGGAUCAUUACAUCCCACAGACGAACCAAAGCUGCAGUCCGGCUCGCUGGACUCACUGCACCAUUCUGCUAUCUCCGUGCGGGAAUCGAUAGCAGCCGCCAAGGACAAGAAAAAUAGCCGAAGACUUAUGAAGCGGCAAUCGUCUCGUCCCACAUCUCCUCUUAUCUCGCCUCCGCCGACAGUCGAUUCGCUACCGCUACCCAUCGCCACCGACGACGCAAACAAGGUUCUCCUCUUAAUGAGAACACUAUGUGGCCGGAUGCGCGGUGAAAUCGAGUACCAGGGUGAGACGGGAGGACCAUGGCACAGCGGCGUGGCUUAUAUCGAGGAGGAAAAAGGAUGUCUCAUGUUUGACUCGGGCCAGAACGGCCCGUUCCAUAUCCCUCUGGUAUCUGAUCUGCGCGGUUGCAGGGUCCUCCCCGUGGAUUAUCCCGAGUUGACCAAGGAGUGUCUGGAGCUGGUGUGUCUCCAACCUCCGGUGGAAAUUCUAAUAUGCCCUUUGGUGACGGAAGAGUUUGAUCUAUGGCUGGCAGCCUUGCUCUGCUGGCAACAGCUACGCCCAACCGGCGUGAAGCUCACCAACGGUAAACCAGCCAGCCAAGUAUCGCCGAUGAGACCGGAGCUCCGGAGACAUGGCUGGUCACAAGAAAAGCACAGGCCCACGAACAUCAUCAAGGUUGGAAAGGUUAUGCUGUGGGACAAGGGCCUCGCCGUUUCACCCCGGGCAAUCGUUAAGCGGCCUUCGACUAGGGAUCUCCGCUCACCGACUACCUCGUGGAGAAGAGUUUCAUGCAUUCUCCAGGAUAAUGGAGAAUUCAAGUUGCUGACGGAGAAUGACGUUACUGUUCUGUCCAUUAUCGACCUCUCACAACUCUCACGGUGUGCCGUCCAGCAGCUCGACCGAACAGUGCUUGAUGAGGAAUACUGCGUUGCCAUCUUCCCCAUCUACGCAUCUACAUCCACACAUCUCUCCAUCUUCCGGCCAGUCUACCUGGCUCUCGAUAGCAGAGUUCACUUCGAGGUCUGGCUCUGUCUCCUGAGAGCAUAUGCGGUGCCGGAUAUCUACAAGCUCGAUGACCCCAACGCCUCCCAAAUAUUGGAGCUGGACGAUCUAGAAUCAGAGUACGAGGGCGAGGUGUUCCGACUCGAGAAGACGAUCAGCGUCAGGGUUACAGAAGCCAAGAUCAAGGCCAAGCCGAGUGGGUUUGAAACACCCAUACCAGAAAGGCCGGGACGCCCGGAGCCGGAUCCCCUGGUCGGCAAUUACCUAGCCGAAGUUAUACUGGAUGGUGAAGUUCGAGCGAGAACCACGACCAAGACGGGUACCAAGAAUCCGUUUUGGCGUGAGGAGUGCGAGUUUACCGAUCUGCCCCCAACGACACCGUUACUAUCUGUUGUGCUGAAGAGGGUGGAGGGCAACCUCGACAGCUCGAGCAAUCUCCUCCAAGCUUCUGUGGGACUGCCCAGAACUCGAAACUUACAGGAGUUUGUGGUUGGCGCUGUUGACAUUUCACUUGAGCAGCUGGAGCGCGGCAAGGAUACCGAGCAAUGGCUUCACAUCUACGACGAGAAGCACCAGUCGGUUGGACAAAUGCUGAUCAGAGUGACACAUGACGAACACGUCGUACUCUUGUCGAAAGAAUACCAGCCCCUGUCGGACAUACUUCACCGCUUCCCUGCAGGCUUGACGAACCAGGUUUCUGCAGCUCUACCAGGACAACUGCGACGACUAUCGGAGCUAUUCCUUAACAUCUUUCAGGUUUCAGGAUCUGCUAGCGAGUGGCUGAUGGCACUGGUAGAAGACGAAAUCGAUGGCAUUGGAAAUCAGGCUUCGAUGAAGAAGUAUCGAUUCAGCAGCCGGCUCAAGUCAAACGACUCUAUCGACUCGGGAACCGAUCGGGAGCUCAUUGUACGAGAUAUGAGCAAGUCUCUGGCUGGGGAGGCCAACCUUCUUUUCCGAGGCAAUUCGCUGCUCACGCAAUCUCUCGAGUUUCACAUGCGACGCCUGGGCAAGGAGUAUUUGGAAGACAUCCUACAAGAGAAGCUCUUUGAGAUUAACGAGAUCAAUCCGAACUGCGAGGUGGAUCCCAGCAAGACCCCCCAUGAGGGGGACCUUGAUCAACACUGGACUCUGCUGAUCCACUAUACGACUGAAGUAUGGAAAUGCAUCGCAAACUCGGCCAACCGGCUUCCCCCUGAGCUACGACAUGUUCUCAAGUAUAUCCGCGCUGUUGCUGAGGAUCGCUACGGUGACUUUCUCCGUACCGUCACGUAUACUUCGGUGUCUGGAUUCCUGUUCCUACGGUUCAUCUGCCCGGCGAUUCUGUCACCAAAGCUGUUCAAUCUUCUACGUGAUCACCCUCGGCCUCAAGCGCAGCGAACGUUCACUCUCAUUGCGAAGGCCCUGCAGAAGCUAGCGAACCUGUCGACUUUUGGCAAGCGAGAGGAGUGGAUGGAGCCAAUGAAUCGGUUCUUGAACGUACAGCGACAAGCUGUCCGCGACUUUAUCGAUCAGGUGUGCAGCAUCCCUGCAGACCGCAACGCAAUCAUUGUUCCCGCAGGUUACAGCACGCCCGUUACCAUCCUUGGCCGACUCAGUCCCACCUCCAAGGAGGGCUUCCCGAGCCUUCCGUACCUGAUUGACGACACGAGGAACCUGGCUGGCCUGGUCAAACUUUGGGUGGACGCAAACCCAAUUGACGGCAAGAAGGACGAGGUGGAUAACGAACUCCUCGCCUUCAAUGACGUCUGCUUUGCUCUGCAGGAACGUGCCGAUGCUUGCUUGGCCAAGGUCGAGACGGAGCGCGCUCACGAAAGCGCCUCAUACGCAGCCACAGACGACCUGACCGAGUCCAUGGAACAGGCAUCGCUGAUUGAGUCGCUCUCCAUCUCGUAUGGUGGCUCAUCCACAGCCUGGAAUGACGUCUACGAGCCUACUCCAGGCAGCUCUGGCAGCGAGGUUGCUGACGACAACAGCAACAACACGGCGACACGUAGUCGUCGACGCAGCAAGGAACACCGCCGGCACCACCGAGAGGGUUGGGAGCACCGCAAGCCUGGUGGUCUGCGACAUGCGAGCGCGAGCGCCAGCAGCACGCUCAAGGCCAAGAACGGACGUAUGGGACGUACCAUUCUCAGCGGCAUCAUGCGCAUCGGCGGCCGCGGAGAAAGCCCCGAGUCCAAGGAGCCACGGUACAACAAGUGA